AUGACUGACUAUUCCAAGUUGCAGUUUGCAGGUUUCCUUGGUCACUGCAUGCGCCACACUUGGAGGCACACCAAAAGAGGCUCGAUCCUGAACCCCGUUCGGUCACCGUCAAUAGAAGAAGUAGGUUUUUAA